UUAGAAUUCCUUAGAGCUGAAAUUAAUGAAAUAUGUCUGUUAUUUGUUAACACAGUCAAUGCAUUUACCUAAUUUGACAUUUCAGCCUUUUUCUGUUAUUGGUAUGGAUCAGAACAGUAGGAACUUGGCAAAAGUUCAAGGACAUCCACAUCAAAAUGAGGGCAUACGUAGACUUGUGUUUUUGUAUUAAGCUAAUAAUAUUGACUACACAAUAAACCCAAAAAGCUUUUUGCAUUUUCAGAAUGCCAUUUUUGGAUCAUGUCUGUUUUCAUUGAAUGGAAAGAGCAAUAUGAACAUCCUGCCAAACAUCCCCUUUUGUGUUCGACCGAUGAAAGAAAGUCAUACAGAUUUGAAAUGAGGGUCCAUCUGCGUGGGUCGUUGUCCCAUCUGGAUCUGGGUGGUGGAUAUAUGGAGAUCUGCUAGUGUGGCUGGUGUUUUGUGGACGUGGGACACACGAUGGCCGUGGCGCUGGAUGCAGUGUGGGUGCGAGUGAAAGGGGUUUGUAAGCAGAACGGCCUGCUGAUCCUCUCAGUGUUGGCCGUGGUUAUCGGAUGUCUGCUCGGCUUCUUCCUGCGCUCCAAGAACCUCUCGGAGCAGGAAGUGAAAUACUUCCAGUUCCCUGGAGAGCUGCUGAUGAGGAUGUUGAAGAUGUUGAUUUUGCCUCUAGUCGUGUCCAGUUUGAUGUCUGGUCUGGCGGCUCUGGAUGCAAAGUGUUCCAGUCGGCUGGGCCUCAUCACGGUCUCUUACUACCUGUGGACCACCUUCCUGGCUGUGGUGGUGGGAAUUGUCAUGGUGUUGAUCAUCCAUCCAGGUGGAAUGGCACAGAAGGAAGACUCAGAGGACAGCGGGAAACCUAUCAUGAGCUCCGCUGAUGCUCUCCUGGAUCUCAUACGAAACAUGUUUCCAGCCAACCUUGUUCAAGCCACAUUUCAACAGUAUCGUACCAACAGUGUGCCCAUAAUGAAGACGCCCAAGGCGACAGUGGCCACCAGUCUGACGGAGAGCACCACUCGCCGCACGCUCAUCUACGGGAUUCAGGAUGACAACGGGACAGAUAUCCAGAACUUUCAGCUGGAUCUGACCCCACCUCCUGACGUGGUGAUGCGAACGCUUCCUGGCACCAGUGAGGGCAUGAACGUCUUAGGGAUUGUCAUUUUCUCUGCCACCAUGGGCAUAAUGUUGGGUAGAAUGGGUCCUAACGGCAGUGCUCUGGUUAACUUUUGCCAGUUAAAUGAAGCGGUGCUGAAAAUCGUUGCUAUUGUCAUCUGGUACUUCCCGUUCGGCAUCGUGUUGGUGGCCGGUAAGAUUCUGGAGAUGAGCGACCCGUCUGCGAUGGGGAAGAAGCUUGGAUUUUACGCCAUCACCGUGGUUAUGGGCCUCAUUCUGCACGGCCUCUUCAUUCUGCCCAGCAUGUACUUCUUCAUCACCAAGAAGAGCCCCAUCGUCUACAUCCGAGGAAUCCUGCAGGCGCUGCUCAUCUCACUGGCCACGUCCUCCAGUUCUGCCACUCUGCCUAUCACCUUUAAGUGCCUGCUGGAGAACAAUCACAUAGACCGACGGAUCAUUCGUUUCGUGCUGCCCGUGGGAGCCACCAUCAACAUGGAUGGCACUGCACUGUAUGAGGCGGUGGCAGCCAUUUUUAUCGCCCAGGUCAACAACUAUGAACUAGACUUUGGCCAAAUCAUCACUAUCAGUAUUACAGCGACGGCAGCGAGCAUCGGUGCAGCCGGGAUCCCACAGGCCGGUCUGGUCACUAUGGUAAUAGUGCUGACAUCUGUAGGACUGCCCACUGAUGACAUCACUCUCAUUAUCGCUGUUGAUUGGGCCUUAGACAGAUUUCGCACCAUGGUCAAUGUGAUGGGCGACGCUCUGGCCACAGGAAUCAUGGCCCAUAUCUGCAGAAAGGAUUUCAUCAAAGAGGGAGAUGGGGUCCCUCUCAUCUGCGAAACAAAGCCUGUGACUAACCAGGGUUUGCCAAACUGUCAGCAGAACAAUGGUAGUUUCCAGCCCCCGCCACCAGAGGGCAAACCCGAGCACAUCCCUCCAGAUGUGGCCCGCCUCAUGCAGCUGGAGGAAGGGGUCCGUCCGCCGCCUCCAGAUCGGAAAAAGCCGCCCAUACCACCGCGGCACCUGAAACACAGAGACAAGGACCAUUGUGCCAUUGACAUGAACGGUCUCGAGACUAACGUAUAGCGACCAUCAGAACCUUUUAGGACGCAGACUGAAAUUGAUUGGACCAAAAGAGUCCACAUACAUGGGAACGGACGAACGGACGUGUUUUAUUUCCUUUCAGUUUUUCUCUGAAGCGUUCAUGAGGCAACACAUGGUAUGAUCCUGCACAUAUGGGCCACAGUAAUGCCACUGUUGGCAGCACAUCCCAGUCGACCCAUUCAGUGCAUUAGAUAAUGUCAGGAUGGAAAGAGAAACCAGGUCAAGGUCCACAACACCAAACCAGCCUGUUUCUUUGUGUUCAUGGCCUUGAGAGCGAAACUUUUCCUGUAGCGUAUCAGAAAAAUGAUUGAAGACUGUCAAAAAGCAUGAGUGAAUUGUAAAUACAACAUAGCUAUGUACUCUAUGCGGUGUGUUUUUUAUUUCUCAAGUUUAUAUAUAAUUUUAUAUCUUAUAAUUGAUUCUUGUCGCUUUAAGCAGGCCUUGUAAAAAAAUAUUGUAAAGAUUGCAGGUGUGCGUGAAAAUCGACAUUCACUGUGAUAAUGAAUGUUUUGUUAUCGGACACUGUACGAAAAAAUUAUUUUCUUCGCCAAUAUUUUUGUCUUGUUUUCCAGUAAAAAUAUCGAAAUAUUCUUAAAAUAAGAUACAUUUACUUGAGAAGCAAAAUGACAUAAGAUGAGACUUGUUUUCUGAAAAAUUGAUCAAAAUUAAGUGACUUUACAUGAAAAAAAAUCUCUGCUAGUGUAGUGGGGUCAGAAAAAUAAACUUUUAAAAGUUACUUAAUUUUCAUAAUUUUUCAGUAAGACUUGUAGGAUGUAAUUUUGCUUCCCAAGUGAAUGUAAGUGUUCGGGUCAUUUUGACCCGGAGAGAAAUUUCUUUUGUACAAAAUGCUAGUUAACCCAGGGUAUAACUAAUUCAGCAACAUUUUUUGAGAAUUUUUACGCUUGUGGUGUUCCUGGUCAAAAAUGACAGGCCUACAAAAAAUUGCUUAUAAAUCUCUCUUACUCUGUAUUAUCACCAAAUUGGAUUUUAUCUUUUUGUCAACUUGUUUGUGGUAAUUGAAACAAAACAUUUUUCUUUUUUUCAAAAUGAAAGCAUUUCAAAGCAAACUUACUGAUUAAACAUUAAAACACACUAUUUCCCAUAUUUUGUUGAAUAUUGACAAAUUUAUCCACAAAUAAUGCUUUUUUCAUUCCAAAACUGAGGUGCAUAAGCUCAGAUCAAUGAGACCUAUGAUCAAUCAAUUCCAAAAAGAAAUGUAAAACCUGUCCUAAUUGAAAACAAUUUGACAAAAAGAUUGAAUCCAAUAUUUGGUGAUAAUAUAGCAUAAUUUCCAAGCAAUUUUUAAAAGGUUGGUCAUGUUUGACCGGGAACACAAAAGGUGGUCCAGGGUUUUCAACACAGCCCAAGGGUGAAAUAUUUGUACCAGAAAACAAGACAAAAACACAGAGGAAGAAAAUCAUUUUUGCAGUGGAUAUUCUCCUCUCCCGUUCUUGUGCGAAACACAUCUGGGUCAGUCCCACUGUAAAGCGUUCAGCCAAUUACUGCUAUGACUAACUCAAAAAGCACUGAGUAAACCACUUAAGGUAAGCAGUGCCAGUUUGGGAAAAUAAAUAAAAGUGUGAUCCCAGUCAUAUAUGGGCCAUGAAACUGUAUGAUUAUUCAAAAACAAAUAUUGGUCUAUAAUAUAGCAUGCACAUCUCAGAAAGUGUGCUAAAUUAGGCCAGAAUAUUAUCUUGUUGAACUUACAUCUGUGUGUACAUUAACCUUUAUAAGCUUUUUGGUCAUUUUUGAACAAUUUCAUAUCGUUUUUAUACAAAUGGUUAACUCAAUCUGAGUGCUUCAACUUUGUGACCUUUUUUAGAUAUGCAAUCUGAAAAAACAAACAAAAUCUGGGCAUAACAUGAUUUUGACCUGGCAUUAUGUCCUUCUUCUAACCCAUAUACAUUAAGAGUCUUCCAAAAUUCUUUGUUUCAAUUUACACAAGCAACGCUGGGAAUGUGGUGCGGUUGAAUCGCAUUAUGAGUGUGUUCUGGCACAAUUCAGAAUGCAUGAUGUGCGAAAUCAUGCUUGCAUUGCUAAAUGUGCUCUGGUUACAAACCUACUCAAAAGGGCGACUGAGUUACCUUCAUACUGUAUGUCUGUGCCAAUAAACAGGAUGUUUAUAGCCAGCUACCUGAAAAAUAACUCAUUGACACAUAUCAAAACCCAUUACCUGACUCUUUCUGCAGUUUAUGCUAUUCUUCUAGACAUUUUAUGCUAUUGGUUACUUAUGGCAUGCACCUUCACUCUUAAAAAUAAAGGUUGAUUAUUAGCAUCUGCAGUUCCGUGAAGAACCUUUAACAUUCAAAGAAAAGUUCCAAAUGUCUUGCCAAACUGCUGCAAUGUCAUAGAAGACCCAUUUUGAGUUCCCCAAAGAACAUUUCAGUGAACAGUUUUUUUUCUUAGUAUGAAGAACAUUUUAAAAAUCUUAAGAAUCUUAUUCUUUCACUAUAAAGAACCUUUUGUGCAAUGAAAAGGUUCCAUUGAUGAUAAAAGUUCUUCAUGGAACCACUGAUGCCAAUGAAGAACCUUUAUUUUUAAAAGCAUGGAAUAACAUUGCACAAAAGAUUCUUUAUAGUGAAACAAGGUUCUUUAGAUUAUUAAAAUGUUAUUUACACUACACUCUUUAAAAUAAAGGUUCUUUUCACAGUGAUGCCAUAGAAGAACCACUUUCAGUUCCCUGAAGAACCUUUCAAAUUGAAUCUUAAGAACCUUUUCCACUAUAAAGAAACUUGAAUAGAAAUGUUUCAUGUGUGUUAAAGAUGCAAUAUGUAAGAUUUUCUGUCCGCUAGAGGCCUAUUCAAAACAAAGGCGUAGCUUGAUGAUGCCAAGUUUGAGUGCGGAAUCUUGGGACAUGUGGUCUUCACCUCAAUGG